GACUUCUGGCUCGGAAGCCUUGCUGGCUUGAGUUUUGAGAAGAAGAACAUUUGGAUCGAGCCAGUGGUCAAGAUGUCCGAACGCAGGUCCAAAGCAGACAUCAACCAGAAAGAGAAGAAGUCACGAUUGGAGACCCAGCUUACGCGCGUCAAUGACGACAUGGAGCGCCUGGAAACCAGGAAGACGCGGCUCGAAAAAGAGUUGUGA